GUGAAUUAAUUCAAAAACCUUAGGAACUUGAUCCCGAAGUUCAAGGAAGGGGAAUGAUAAUUCUAACAAAGUGAAGCAAACACUAUUUACCCUCUUUCAUGCGAAGGGAAACAUAGCAAAUAGUUGCAACGGCCAGAGAUUGGAACGGAAGCAAACACUAUUGAGCAUAUUAUCCGAGGCGAAGGUCUCCCUACUGAUUUUCUUCUUCGUUUCCAGUUCAUUGUUCCAAUAGGGAGACGGACGUUGCAGCCACCGUCUACGAAGACGACGCAGAUCUGCCGCCGGAGAGCUUACGUUGUUAAUCCAGCCUGGUCGAAGUUCGAUUUUCCCAGGGAGAAUAUUUUUUUGAGUCUCUGUGCACGAAGUCCCCUCCACACGUGUCCUCCGCUCCCGCUGCGUGUUUUCUCUCUCAGAUUUGACAGCAACUGCAAGUGUAGGCAUGAAGCUGGAUGUGGAAUUCCUGAGAUAUCUCUCGAAAGAUGACUUUAGGGUUCUCACCGCCGUAGAGAUGGGGAUGAGAAAUCACGAAAUUGUACCAUCAGAGCUUGUUGACCGCAUUGCUCGUCUCAAGCAUGGAGGCACCUAUAAGGUGUUGAAAAAUUUGCUCAAGCAUAAAUUGUUGCACCAUGACUCUUCAAAAUAUGAUGGGUUUCGGCUGACUUAUCUUGGUUAUGAUUAUCUUGCCAUAAAGACUUUGGUUAAUCGUGGCGUGUUUAUGGCUGUUGGUCGUCAAAUUGGUGUGGGGAAGGAAUCCGACAUAUUUGAGGUCGCCACGGAAGAUGGCACAGUUUUGGCAAUGAAGCUUCACAGGCUGGGUAGGAUCUCUUUCAGGGCUGUCAAAUCUAAGCGGGAUUAUUUGAUGCACCGUUCUAGUUAUAAUUGGUUGUACUUGUCCCGGCUUGCUGCACUGAAAGAAUAUGCAUUCAUGAAGGCUCUGGAAGAGCAUGAGUUCCCUGUUCCAAGUGCUGUGGAUUGUAAUAGGCACUGUGUCAUUAUGUCUCUUGUGCAGGGAUAUCCACUUGUGCAAGUGAAGCAAUUGCAAAAUCCAGAUACGGUAUUUGAGAUAAUUCUUGGUCUUAUUGUUCGUAUGGCAGAACAUGGUCUUAUCCAUUGUGACUUCAAUGAAUUUAACAUAAUGAUUGAUGACAGUGAGAAGGUUACCAUGAUUGACUUUCCUCAAAUGGUCUCUGUUUCUCAUCGUAAUGCACAAACGUACUUUGACCGUGAUGUUGAAUGUGUUUUUAAGUUCUUCAGAAAGAGGUUCAACAUCUCUUUUGAAAAAAACACAGAUGAAUGUGAUGAGUCCGAUUCAGACAUCAAUGAAAAUGGAAGGCCCUGCUUUUCUUCCAUUGCAAUAUCUGCUGGUUCUCUAGACAAGGAACUUGCUGCCAGUGGGUUUACAAGAAAAGACCAGGAUGAUAUCGAGAAGUUCACAGAAUGUGCGAGUGUGAAGGAUGCUGAUUCUGAUGACACUGAAAAUUCAGAUGGGGGAAGUUUCCCAGAUGAUUGUGGGGCUAACAGUAGCAAUUUGGAAUCCUUGCAGCUAGUAGAUCUGGAAGAGCUGUCCAUGAUGGGUGGUGACAAAGAGGAUGACGUGGAGGAGAAUCGGCAUUCCUCUGAAGCGGUUGAGUGCAAUGGACAUGAAACUUCAGAAGCAGAUGAGAAGGCGGAUGAUCAGGACCUCAACGAAAAUGAUGCUGAAUUGAUGAAGCGCUUAAACAAGCAGAGACGGCAAGCAAUAGCUGCAGCUCAUAGGGGACGGAGGUCCCUUGCCUCCAGAAAUUCCUACAAGGAUAAGGGGGGUAAGACUUCACACAAUUCGAAGAUCCAGAAGCAGUUGAGUGGUUGGUGAUGGAGAAGUGCGAGAAGGUUCAUCGGACAAGUCUGUCUUCUGAGUGUUAGUAGCAGUGGUGGCCAUUCAUCCUCAUUCAGCAUGGGGUUGGUGCAAGGAUUAUUCAGACAAAAGUUGGUCUGGAUGACCUCUGAUGUGAUUCUCUUCAGCUUCUGGUUGAUAUACAGAUUAUGUUGCAUAUUUAUAGCAAUGAUUUUGACAACAAAGUUGAGGUAUACAUAAUACAUUUGGCCGAUUUUAUCAUUAUUGAAGUCUUUUGCUUUUUGGAA